CCCAAGACAUCCCAUCCAUCCCAAAUUCCCCACCACAGUUCCAAUUACACCACCCACAGAGCCGCAACCUCAAAAUUCCGCACACCCACUUCGAUCGAUGCGAUGUUCCGCCUGCGCGCACUCCUCCCACGGGUUGCCCGCCUGAGUGCCCAACCACGACCACCACGCUUCCCCGCGCACAGCAUCCUCGCCGCGCGGAAUGUCCUCACGCGCGCCUUCUCUCGCACCCCGCACCUGCGCGGCGCGCGCGCCGCCGCCCCCACGCCCACCCCCGCCAGCACCGCCACCACCGCCCAUCCCAACCCACGCACGCUAAUUUACUAUGCGGGCAAACGCACGAUCUACCUGGGCACGCUGAAGCUGUACACCGUGCUGCUGUUCAGCUACACGUCGCUGCUGGUCGCGCCGCAGCUCAUCCAAACAGAUCACGCAGACCUGCUGAAGAAGUUGCGGCUGCCCACUGAUCUGCCCCGUUGGGUGCUCCCGACGGUGUUUGUCCUCGGCGCCGCGGUGCCGCUGGUCUUUGUGUCCUGGCUUAGUCCGCCGUACGUAACGCACAUGUACGUGCUCCCGCCGCCGUGGGCACGCAACUCGCCAGUCCGGCUGCUGCGGUACAUCGAGACGAUGGGGUCGGGGGCUUCGGUAGAGCUGGGGACGAUCCGAUGGUUCGGGCGGCCAAAGGUGGCACGCGUCACGCUGGGAGAGCUGCGCUUCGAUAGGCAGCGAUGGGGCUGCGUCAACACCGUUCAGAAGAAGGGCCCCGGGAAGUGGUAUGUCGACUGGAGAGGCUCGCCGAGUAAAAUGCAGGUGCCGGAGGGCGCGACGGAGGCGUUGGGGACUAGGGUGCGCACGUUGGAGCGGGAGCGGGGGUAGAGUGGGUGCGAUGGGGGCGGUGGGAGAAAAGUGGUGAUCGGCAUAGGGGAUGGGGUCACUGG